GCGCGUGUCUGAAUAUGAAUUGAGGACUACCCCCAAUUGGAUGCAUCAGUAAAGAAAGCUUCACAACACAAAUCACUUGCGUACUGGCCCCUUUACGCACGCUGCACACAGCCACAUCUUUCAUUCUCGCUUGCAAGCUAGACCUUUCUUUCUGUGAGUUGUACGGUGUGGUUUUAACUAUUGACAACGCAAAAGAAAAAGAUGGUUGUGGAUGACGCCUUUGUGCAAGCAGGACAGAAGCCUGGCCUGGAGAUUUGGAGAAUAGAAAAACUGAAAGUAGUUGCUCAAGACCCCAAGACGUAUGGGACGUUCUACUCAGGCGACUCAUAUAUUUGUCUCUCGACAAGACUAGUGGAGUCUCAUCUGGAAUGGGAUAUCCACUUCUGGCUCGGCAAAGACACCUCACAGGACGAGGCGGGUGUGUGCGCGUACAAGACAGUUGAACUCGAUGAUCAUCUUGGGGGAGGACCAGUUCAAUACAGAGAGGUACAGGACCACGAAUCGCGGAAAUUCCUCAGCCACUUUAAAGAUAUCAAAUACCUCGAAGGUGGCAUGGAGUCUGGAUUCCGCAAGGUUCAAAGAGAUGUCUACCAAAAGAGGCUUUUCCAUAUCAAAGGGAAGCGUAACGUCAGAGUGCAACAGGUCGAGUUACAUUACAAGUCGUUAAAUAAAGGCGAUGUGUUCAUUUUGGACGAUGGUCUGAACAUCUACUGUUGGAAUGGCUCGCAGUGUAGCAGAGUCGAACGAAUGAAGGGUAUCGACGUUGCCAAACGAAUACGAGACGAGGAGCGAGGAGGCCGCGCACAAGUACAUAUCAUAGAUGAAUGUAAAGAUAAGGGUCUGGAGAGCAAAUUUUUCGACGCGCUUGGAUCGCGUGGUGAGAUCGCUGAAGAUUCUGGGGACGACGCGGAGUUUGAGAAAACCAGCCAGAGCGCCGUCACUCUCUACCAAGUGUCUGACGCAUCAGGGGAACUAGAAAUGAGAGAAAUCGAAGCAAAGCCGCUAAAGAAAAGUAACCUGGACACAAACGAUUGCUUCAUUCUGGACUGCGGAAGCAGCGGAGUGUUCGUGUGGGUCGGUAAAGGCUGCACCAAAAACGAGAAAAGUGCCGCCAUGAAAAAUGGAAUAGAUUUUAUCGAGAAAAAGGGCUAUCCGAACUGGACACAGGUGACCCGUGUUGUGGAGGGCGGGGAAACGCCCAUAUUCAAGCAGUUUUUCUCGGGCUGGACCGACGCCGACUCUCAGGUCGGAUUAGGCAGGGCCUUCAAAAGUAAAAUUGCUAAACAAAGUUAUGACAAGUUUGAUGCCACUUCGCUUCACGACAGAAAAAAGCCAGAACCCAAGAAACAGAUUCUUGCAGAUGACGGGAGUGGAGUGGCAAAGAUAUGGCGUGUAGAGGACCAUGACCUUGUACUAGUUCCCCUGGAGUUGCACGGUCUAUUUUUUAGUGGCGACUGCUAUGUCAUCAUGUAUACAUAUAAGGUCAACAUGAGAGAAAGCGUCAUCAUCUAUUUCUGGCAGGGUGUUCAGAGCAGCACGGAUGAGAAGGCGGCCUCCGCCAUGCUUGCCGACCAGAUAGACAAGAAGAUGGGUGGUAUAGCCACGCAGGUGAGAGUAGUGCAGUACAAGGAGCCGGAACACUUCCUCAGAAUCUUCCGUGGCCGCCUCAUUAUACUAGAGGGUGGGAAGGGUGCGGGAUUUCGCGCGGGCUGCGAGGAAGACACGUAUGAUCACGAGGGAAAGAGGAUGUUCCACGUGAAGGGCACGACGGACCUUAACGCAAAAGCGAUACAGGUUCCCCGCCGAGGGGCGUCCCUUAACUCUGGUGACGUGUUCGUACUAGAAACGCCUGGGCGUAUGUACAUGUGGAGGGGAAAGGGUUCGUGCGCAGCUGAGAGACGAAUUGGAAGAUUGGUAAUAGAUUUUCUUUCUCCCGGAAGGGAGCCCGACGUGUUUCGCGAGGGUCAGGAACCGGAGUAUUUUUGGGAUGAUAUUGGCGGUCGUGAGGAGUACGCAACAGGGAAAAGAAUGGAGGAAGAAAGACCCUCGUAUCCGCCCCGUCUGUUCCAGUGCUCUAACGCGUCUGGCGCAUUUAAGGUGGAGGAAGUAUUCGAAUUCACUCAAGAGGAUCUUAUUGAGGACGACGUUAUGCUUUUGGACACAUACGACGAGGUGUUUGUUUGGAUCGGCGAAGGCGCGAAUGACUUCGAAAAGAAAGAAGCAUUACGUACGGCAAUGGACUAUGUCAAGAGCGAUACAUCCGGCCGAACAUUGGACAACACCAUUAUCAUACAAGUCAAACAGGGUUAUGAACCCCUCAACUUUACCGGACACUUCCAGGCGUGGGACUCGGACAAGUGGAGCGGCGGUAAGACGUUUGGUGAGCUAAAGGCUGAGAUGGGAGAUGAGAUAGACGGGCUUGGUCAACUGAAGAUCACAGAGCAGCAUGUAAACAAGAUCUUGAACAACAACAAAGACACCUUUGUCCCGGAAAAAACCUAUACGUUCGAGCAGCUGACAAGGCCCAAGUCUCUGAUCCCAAGGGAUGUGGAUUGUACGAUAAAAGAGCGCUAUCUGUCAGACGAUGACUUCUACAAAGUGUUCGGAAUCCAGAGAUACGAGUUCGAGUCUAAACCGAAGUGGAAACAGAUACAAUUGAAAAAGGAUAAAGGAUUGUUUUAAAUAGAUGUACAAAUCAACAAAGUCAGAUGUAAGAGCCGCGAAACCGCUCAAGGCUUUAAUAGAAGAGUCUAACACCAAAAGGCAAUAGAAAACACUAGCCCGAGAAAAGACGCCAGAGACAUAUCGUCUUAGAAACAGUUUUCAUAUCUGAUGUUUCUUUUAUGCGCAAUGUUUUUCAGUUAUUUUGCCGCGAUAAGAUUCUGCGAUGACGCUUUUUGUGGCUAGCUAAAAUAUCUUCAAAUUUUAUCAAACAUUUUUGUAGCGGGCAGGUUUAAUUAGGUCAUUUGCCGCCAAGAUGACGUAUUGAAGGACAUAUGUUUUAUAAAAGUGUAUUUAGCUUAGUAGAUGGCGUUCUGUUAGGGAUUCCUGUGGCCAUGACGCAAGUGGGGCUGGGGAGAGCCAAUCAGGGAGGAGAGAGUUUCGAGUGACACCACAUCAUCAUUCAUCAUAGAAAAUCCGAAAUACCACAGGGGACCCAGUUGUCUUCUAACAACCACUUAAUCCAUAUCAUAUCAGUCAAUCUGGUUUUUAAAAAUGUCGUUUUCCUAGCUCGCUCGGUCAUUUCCUUAUUAGGCAUUACAUACUACAUUUGGGUGUCCGCUUCAAUCGUUUUUUUUUUUUUGCUUUUUUUUUUGCAGACAUCUUGGAAAUGGAGCCUAGUCUCUAACGUUUUAGAAUAUCACAGGUCUCCCGCGUGCUCGCUCAAGGCUCUUUUAGACCAUUUAGAAAAACGUCAGCCAUUGAUAUUGAUAUGUGAUGAACAACUGCACAGGGGAUCAAGAUUUAGACCGGACAAGGGCAAAAGGAAUAUUGUUAAUCAGUGUACGUGAAUGAAUAAAAACCUAACGCACGUGGCUAGCGGUUCGCAUGAUUUUUAGUACGCGCAAAUCAUAAACAGAGAAGCGCUUCGGAUGACUAAGAAGCAAGGGCGAAUUUAGGUGAGAUUUGAGGACUUUAUUUGGGACACCGACAAGCUUUAUUCCUACUGCUCGUGUCUUUUGUUGAUCUACGGAAAAAAAACAGGAAAAGACGAACCCCUUACAGACGCCAAGCUUGUGACACUACUCCAAAAUGAAGACGUACUUGCUUUCAAAAAAUAAAAAUAAAAAGAACUUUUUUCAAAGUUUUCUUUUUUGCUGCUUUGUUGAUGCAUGAUAAGAGGAAAAUCAAAGCUCCCAUCGGAGGGGAAGGUAAAUUGGAAAUCCCGGAACAAGGGUUUUUUUAGCGCCGAUCGUUCAGGGUCAGGUCAAGGUGCGUAACCCGAAGACAGUUGCAUGUAACAAAAAGAAAGCGGGUAACCAGCUUAAACAAUAAUCUUCAAUCAGUUUUUUCAGUCGUCUUGAAUUGUGUCAUUCUAAUGUUGUCAUUCUAGGGUGUGUCCAUUCUUUGUCCGAUGUUCUCAUUCUAAGAUGUGCCCAUUCUUUGUCCAAUGUUAUAACUCUUGAUUGUGCCCCAUCUUUGUCCAAUGUUCUUAUUAAAAGGUGUCCCCAUUCUUUGUCCAAUGUUCUUAUUACAGGGUGUCCCCAUUCUUUGUCCAAUGUUCUUAUUACAGGGUGUCCCCAUUCUUUGUCCAAUGUUCUUAUUACAGGGUGUCCCCAUUCUUUGUCCAAUGUUCUUAUUACAGGGUGUCCCCAUUCUUUGUCCAAUGUUCUUAUUACAGGGUGUCCCCAUUCUUUGUCCAAUGUUCUUAUUACAGGGUGUCCCCAUUCUUUGUCCAAUGUUCUUAUUACAGGGUGUCCCCAUUCUUUGUCCAAUGUUCUUAUUACAGGGUGUCCCCAUUCUUUGUCCAAUGUUAUAACUCUAGAGUGUGCCUAUUCUUUCUUAUUCGCCGAAGAGGGUCCUGAAUUGUAUUACGAUUUAAGGUACCAGGAAAGGAAACGAGACGGAAACGGCUAACACAUGGGGAUUAUUGUGGAGCAAAGGCGGCGGGGAAAAUUAUUUGAUCCGCCUUUCCCCAGGACCCUGCGCAAUGUCCAAUUGUAUGAAUAUUGUAUGAAUAUUUGUGUCAUCCAUGUGAAAUAUGAUUGAAAAUAUUGUAAUCGCAAUAUUAGGUGGCAGAGCGUAAACUUAAAUGGAACCUCUAUCAAAUACAAAUGUAUGACUAAAACUUAUUUCCACCUCUCACGAUAAUAUUUCUAGCAACGCCCAUUUGUAAUGUCUUUGACUAGUAACUCUUGGUGUUUUCCUUUCAUGUGGGUGGGUUGGGGGUGUGGGAGGGGUAGGCUGGGCUUUUAGGGACUCGACGCGUCAGGGCUUAUAAGUACUUAUGAGCCCCUAGCGUCAGAAAAUAUUUCCAUUAUAGGUGAACCCAUGGGAACCAGACAUAACUACAAACUAUUUUUAUCCAUCAGAUUCGCAACGAAUCGAUCAUGAGAUCAUUUUAAAAUUUCAAGCCUACAAUGUGAUAAAUCAGCAAGAAUAUGUCCAGGUGUUUUGGCGAAUAUAAAUUUAUCUACAAAAAACUUUUGCUAAAGUUGCGAUAAUCCUAUAAUCGGUUAGCAUUUUAAUUGCUUACUAAUUACUUUGUAACCCUAUCUCUAUGAUAAACGCAGCGAGACAUUUACGGGCGGGGUUAUUAUAAAAUAUUUCUUUUUAUUUAAGUUUCGAUGCAUGGCUCACCAUUACUAAUCCUGAACGAGUGACAGUUUAGCUGACGCGUGUACGUAUGCACGUAUAUGGUUACAAAACUUGAGAUGGUCGUGCGGGCCGCCACGAUGCUGGUUCUUAUCUGUGCAUUUGCGCUCCUUUGCUGUAUAAACGCAGGAAGUAUUUCUAACACAAACACCAAUAUACACAAGCUGACUCGAUGCACGAGCGAUUUGGACUGUCCCAUGAACACUUGCUGCAGGUUCUAUUCACUGAUCCAAGGAGGCGUUUGUAAACAGCAUCUCAUAGAGAGAGCUCUAUGUAUGCCGGAGAAACACGAGGCGUGCCCGCAAUGUGGUACUGGUCUGCGGUGUCAGUUCGAAGCCAAAAUAGCUGGAACUCGGAUGGGGAAAUGUACAAAGUCGUAAAACAUCGCCUGUGUCAUAAUGGAAGCCACAGUGUUAUACUUUUGAGGACAAUAGACAAUAAAUAACACAUUUUCUUUCCA